AUGGCUGAUAAGGAAUAUAAUGUAGAUGCCUCAGCUUCUUAGCCUCUCCCUAUAAGCUUAGAGCAGAAAAGAAAUUCAAAUCGUUCAAAAGAUUCCGAAAAAGUUGUAGAUGAACUAAAUAAAAUAAUUAGAAUGAAAAAGUAAAUGAAAAAAAAUAAAUUGGAAGUAAAAGAUAAGAUUGAAAAGGUCAGAGAGAAAUCUCCUGUGGCCUUAUUUUCUGCUAAUAAAGCUUAUUUAGAUUUAAAAGCCUAAUUCACAGCAUAAUUACCUAAGUUAAACACUUUAGAUACCAGGUAAUCUGCUUUAAAAGAAUUAGAAGCCAUAAUUGAGUAGAAUAAAACUUCAGAAGGAUUGAGAGUCUACUUAUCCUCUUUGAGUGAAUAUAAAAAGCCACAAAAUUUUAGUACAAAUGAAUCAGAAGUUUUCCUUUUAGGACUUAUAUGCGAUUUGUAUGGGGCAAAUUUAAUCGAUAUUUUGGAUAAUCCUCCAAGUUUACUAAAUACUUGCAUGAGAAUUGGUGAAUUAAUAAGUCGCUAUUUUAAAGAUCAAAAUGAAAACGUAUAAAGGUAAUGCUGUAAAACAUGGAAAUAAAUGUAUAGGAGCUAAUUAUUGAAUGCCCCUUUGAAAUAAAAGUUAAUGGUUUUAUAUGAAAUCCCUGCAUCUAUAAUUUAAGGAGGCAAAGAUAGAGUAGCUCAAAUUACAGCUAUUAUGACUAUAGAAUCGAUUUUAGAUUUUGCAGAAAAAGUUAGUGACAAAGAAUUAGUGAUGGGAAUUGCAAAAAAGUAUUUGCCUUGCAUUUAUUUUAAAUUUUUUCUUGAUACUCCUUCUUUAGUAGUUUGUGCAAGAUUAAUUGUCAGUACUGUCCUUAUCAAAAAUCUUUAAAUAUAUAUGGCACAAAUACUUGAGAAAACUCUACAGUUCUUACUGCCAUAGGAAAAUAGACCUAUUCAGUAUAAAAUUAAAAUUGAGGCUUGUGAAUUUUUGACAGUAUUAGCAAGAUAACUUUAGGAAGUUGCAACAUAAAUUAUUGGAUAAUAUUAAGAUGAAAUCAUCCCAGUUUUGUAAGAGAUUUCAAAGGAUAGAUUAUUAAAAGUAUAAAGUUCUGCUAAGUAAGCUUUAAAAGAGUGGUAACUGCUAAAAUAAAAAGUUGAAGAUCUUGAAAAGAAGAAACUAACUAAAAAAUAAAAAACCAGAAAAGAUUAUCUCGACCCAGAUGAAAUAAUUAACUAAAAAACAGGAGAUGUAGUGGAUUAAAUAGCUUAGUUAAAAAAACGUCCUUAAAAUCAAACUAGGACAAUUAUAUUAGAAAAUGAAAAUGGAAUUAAAAAUGUGCUAAGCAAAUAACAGGGCUGGGUAAAUGAAUUAAAAGCAAAAAAUUUUAUGAGAAAGUAGACAGGAGUUGGAGGAGGAAGAACUGUUUUAAAUGAAGAUAAGCUUAAAAUAUCUAAAUCAUAAUUAAAUUAAUAAUAAAAGCUAAGAGAAUAUAUUUUAGGAUAAUAUAAAGAACUUAGGUAGGAUAUGAAAAAUAAAAAAAUGGAAUAGGAGCAAUAAUAAGAUAUUAUAAUAUACUAAAAAUAGAAUAAAAACAUAGACAAUAUUAUUUAAGAUUAUGAAAAUUAACCUUAUUUCACAUAAAAUAAAAUGAUUAUUAAUAACAAAUCAUCAGCAAUCGAUAAUUUUUCUAAUAAUUUUUAUAGCAGCUAGUUGUAAAAUUUACAAAAUAUAUAAAAAACUUAACAGUAACUAAUUGAAGAUUAAUUAAAACUUUAUCCUCAUAAUGAAUCAAAUGAAGAUAGAAAGUUUAUAGUUCCACCUUAAACAGUCUAUCCUUAUUAAAAUAUGCUAAGCAGUGGUGCAGCAGAUAUGCUUUAUACAAAAUAAAAAUACUAAGAAGCUCAGCCAGAGUUUUUGACUUUAGAGGAAAACUAAUUUAAAUAAGAAAUUUAAUAAAGUUAAGAAAAUUAAUUAAAAAAUGAAAGGCCAAUUUAAAAUUUAUAAGUAUAAGACAAAAAUAUUUACACUUAGAAUGUAGACAUAUUAGAAGAGACAUAAGAUUUUAAUAAUGAAAAUUUUUUAGCAAGUAAAUAAGCAUAAAAUUAACUUUUGAAUAUUAAAAAUUUGCCUAUAUCUGAAGUUUGGGACAAAGCAAUUUAGUUAAUAGAUUAAGAUGAUGUUGAUCAUGCAUUUUAAAUAAUAUUAGAUUCAGAGGAUGACUUAUAUUUCAUUAGACUUUUAAUGAGAAUUGGUAUGUAAAUUGAAAAGCUAAAAAGACACACAGCAGUUAGGGCUAUUUAAAGAUAUUUAAUGAUUUAAAAAUCUAAUUUUGUAAAUAGACUCUGCUUUGAUUUUUAUCACGACAGUUUAAAUUCAGGUUUAUAAGACCAUUUAACAAUUGAAGACUAAAGAGAGGUACAAGAAGUAGUAGAAGAGCUAACUCAUUCUUCAAACAACUAAACUAAGUCAAUUGCUUAAAAUUUUUAAUCUACUCUUUAUCAAAAUAUUCCAUAAUGA